AUGAAGAAGGUCUCAGUAAUUGCGUCCAUUUUCCUCUUGUCAAUACUUCGUUUUCAACAAUUCCUACACGCUUCUUCAUCGCCUCUCUUAUACGAAAACCAGGUUCACAACGAAUCUUCUGGUGGAAGUAGAAAUUUUAAACAGGAGCAGGAGGAUGCUCCUGAAGUGCGCUGCUCCAGAGAUAGAAGUAGGGCUGCGUGGAAAGUUAUGGAUCAGUAUUUAACACCAUUUGUGGAGAAAGAAAACUAUCAGCUUUCGAAAAAGUGCAGACUUCACCCUGAGAAUGAUAUGUUUAGAGAGCAAGAAGAGCAUAAAAUUUACUUAGACAGAAAUGAAUGGCGGUGUGGAUAUUGCAAGAAAAGUUUCCGUGAAGAAAAGUUUAUUGAUCAGCAUUUUGAGAAAAGGCACUACAAUCUUCUGGAUGUAAGUCAUGAAAAAUGCUUGGCUGAUUUAUGUGGGGCAUUACACUGUGAUGCUGCGAUGAAUUCCAAGUCCUCUAGAAGCAAGUGUAAUCCAGCAGCUGCUGCAAGAAAUCGUCACCUAUGUGAGAGUCUCGCUGACAGUUGUUUUCCUAUAAGCGAGGGUCCAUCAGCAAGCCGCCUUCAUGAGUUGUUUCUGCACCAGUUUUGUGAAGCUCAUUCCUGCUCGGGGAAACAUAAACCCUUCUCUAGAGGAGGCAAGGAUCAAGGAAGUUUCUUUCGCUUGGCUGUUGGAGCAUUGGUCUUGGUGCUACUUCCUGUGUUCUAUCUCUUUCUUUAUUUGAUACAAAGUGAUAUGAAGGGUCGGACUCAAGAGCUUCGUCGCAUCUCUAAAGCUGGAUGGAAAGCAAAACCAGCAUGA